GUCGUUAAAAUACAGAAACCUUCAUGGCUGAGAUGUAUUAGUAGGUAAAUUAGAUAAUUAUUAAAGUGAAUAAAAUAAAUAUAUUCUUUAUUUAUGAGUAUUGAGAGAAAUUUCUAAAACGAAGUAGAUUUUUGUUAGAUUGUUUAAAUAAUUAUAAAAUGAACUUGACCUUAUGACCAGAGAAAAAGUGUCAUGUCAUAAUCGUAUCAGAGUUUGCAAUUAUUAAUAUUGUCAGACAUGACAUAGUGUUUAAAAGUUUGUCUUAAAAUGAAGUUCCAGAGUAAGGAAACAAAUGCUAAAUUAGAUAUUAUAAAGAAGCACAUUGCAAGUUUUCCUGAUUUUCCAGAGAAAGGAAUUUUAUUUUGGGACAUUUUUUCUGUUCUACAAAAACCUAAAAUAUUUAAAAUAUUAAAGGAUGUACUCAUAGAAGCUGUAAAGAAUAUUCAUCCGCCUCCAGAUUGUGUAGUAAGUCUUGAUUCCAGAGGAUUUUUAUUUGGCCCCUUAAUAUCACUGGAGUUCGAUUUCCCUUUUGUGCCUAUUAGAAAAAAGGGAAAACUCCCUGGCGAAGUUGUUACCAGUACAUAUAGUAAAGAAUAUGGAGAAGAUGCUCUAGAAUUACAAGUAGGGAGUAUAAAACAAGGUCAAAGAGUGUUGCUGGUAGACGAUCUCUUGGCAACUGGUGGAACUUUAAGUUGCGCUACAGAAUUGAUAGAUAAGAUCGGAGGUGAAGUAGUGGCAUGCCUUGUAAUUAUUGAAUUACCAAAACUGAAUGGUCGGAAAUUGAUAAAUGGCAACAUUUUGUCACUUAUUGAAUUUUAAUGUGUGAUGUGUAAGAAGUAAUAAAAUACAUUCCAUUUGUAUUUAAUAUUUUAUUUGUAAAAUCCGAAUAAACAAGUGUAUAUUUUUUCA